AUGGUAAAAGAAUCCCCAACAGCCGCUUCAAUUAUUGUCUUGGGGGUUCUAUUUUGGUGUAUCAGGGGGAGAAAGGAACAAGAUGAUGUGAUCUUACAUGUCCCCAUGGGACCUAAGGAGUUCUCGUAUGAUGAAUUGGCUCGAGCAACUAGGAACUUCGAUGAGGAACAAAAGCUCGAAGAGGGAGGAUUUGGAGGUGUUUACAGAGGUUUCUUGAAUGAUGUCAACAAGGAUAUUGCUGUGAAGAGGAUCUCUAAGGGGUCUAAGCAAGGGAUAAAGGAAUAUGCAUCGGAGGUGAAAGUCAUUAGUCGUUUGCGGCAUAGGAAGCUCGUCCAACUUCUUGGUUGGUGCCACCAAAGGAAAGAGCUACUUCUUGUGUAUGAGUUCAUGCCCAAUGGAAGCCUUGAUUUCCAUCUAUUUCGAAACAAAGGUUCCUUGACAUGGGAUUUGAGGUACAAGAUAGCUCUUGACUUGGCCUCUGCAUUACAGUAUUUGCAUGAAGGGUGGUGGGAGCAAUGCAUCGUCCACAGGGAUAUUAAAUCUAGCAAUGUGAUUCUAGAUUCCAAUUUCAAUGCUAAACUUGGGGAUUUCGGUUUGGCUAGGCUUGUGGGACAUGACGAAGAGUCACGAGGAACCACCAUUAAUGUAGCUGGUACCACAGAUGGAUAUAAUUUGGUGUCAAAAACAACCAAUGUAGCUGGUACAAUGGGAUACAUGGCACCCGAAUAUGAGAUUACUGGGAUGGCUACCAAAGAAUCUGAUAUCUAUAGCUUUGGGGUUGUUCUCUUAAAAAUUUCUUGUGGGAGAAGGUCCGUUGAGAUAAUUAAGAUCAACCCAAGUGAAAGAAGUUUGGUAAACUGGGUUUGGGAGCUCUAUGGAACACAAAAACAUCUUGAAGCCGCUGACCCAAGUCAAGGUAUGGAUUUUGACAAGCGACAAGUAGAGUGCUUGAUGGUUGUUGGGCUAUGGUGUGCUCACCCAGACUGCAAACGCCGACCGUCCAUCGAAAAAGCUAUUCAUGUUCUCCAAUUUGAUGCUCCACUGCCCAUUCUCCCAAGUAAGAUGCCUGUGUUCACAUAUCAAUCCUCACCCAAUGUUCGUCCAACAGCUGCACCACUGAUUCCGCCAAGUUAAACAGGUCAUUAUCUGCUACAUCUUCUCCCUCGAUAUCUCUCUUGUGGAAUCCACUCUAAGCAGAAAUGUAAUUUCUCGAGUCCAAGAUUGCAGUUAUCCACCCCCCCCCCUUCCC